ACUUCCGUGACUGUCGAGGGGGGCGUGACCGCGGUGAUAGCCGCGUAGCACAUGACGCCAGGCUGUAUGGAUUUCAAUGUUGUGUGUUCACGUGACAGCCACCAUGUGACGAGAUCAAUAGAUGUGGUUUCGUUAUCCUUGAUUUGACUGAAGGUUUAUUGUUUCACGUGAGUCUUGUUUUAGUCUGCUCGGGUGCACACAGUGGUAACUGACGACGUGAGUAGAGGCACAUCUACAGGAGCGUUUGUGCAGACGGCAGUAUGGCGUUUUCGUGGUUUGUGGGGCUGCUGAUUGCCAUGGCAACGUCAUGUCAGUCAGCGAAACGUCCAAACAUCGUCUUCAUCGUUGCAGAUGAUCUGGGAUACAACGAUGUCAGCUUCCAUGGAUCUAAUCAGAUCCCCACCCCAAACAUCGACAACCUCGCCUACAACGGCAUCAUUCUCAACAACUACUACGUGUCUCCAAUCUGUACUCCGACUAGAAGCGCCAUCAUGACCGGCAGACACCCCAUACACACAGGGAUGCAACAUAGCGUGAUCGCCGGUGACGAGCCAUACGGACUUCCCCUGACUGAGACCAUCAUGCCUCAGUACUUCAAACACCUGGGCUACAAGAGCCACAUUGUGGGCAAGUGGCAUCUCGGGUUCUUCGCCAAAGAGUAUACGCCCACGUAUCGUGGGUUCGACUCCCAUUUCGGCUACUGGCUCGGCUGCGAGGACUACUUUGAUCAUACGUCGGAGGCGUGGCUGAGUCAGUGGGGGCUGGACUUCCGGCGGAACAUGGACCUUCUGGACAACUACACUGGUCAGUACUCCACGGAGCUGUUCACGCAGGAGGCCGUCAACAUCAUCAACACCCACGACCAAAAAGAGCCCCUUCUGUUGUACCUCCCGUACCAGGCGGUUCACAGCGCCAACUUGGACGCCUUCCCCCUACAGGCGCCGGAGAAGUACACCAAGCGCUUCCCCAACAUCCAGAACAUCAACAGGAAGCUCUACGCAGGUAUGCUGUCCGCCCUGGACGACGGUGUGGGAGAAGUGGUGAAAGCGCUGACCCAGGCCGGACUCAUGAACAACACCAUCAUAGCCUUCACCACUGACAACGGGGGGCCCUCCAAUGGGUUUGAUGGCAACGCUGCUAGCAACUACCCACUGAGGGGGGUCAAGGCCACGCUGUGGGAGGGUGGCGUUCGCGGGGUGGGGUUCCUCAACAGCCCCCUCCUCCAGAAAUCCGGGUACGUGUCGCAGCAGAUGAUGCAUGUGACGGACUGGCUGCCCACCUUGUUCAGCGCGGCAGGCGGAGACCCCAAGAUGCUGAAAACACAAGAUGGGUUCGAUUCCUGGAACAUGUUGUCCACCAACGGCACGCCUGUCCGGACGGAGAUGCUGCACAACAUUGACCCCAUCAACAAGUUCGGCGGUCUGAGAGUUGGGGAGUACAAACUCCUGACCGGUAACGUUGGGUUUGGCGAUGGCUGGAAUGGGUGGUACCCGCCCUGGCAGCUAGAGGAGGAUACAGAUCGUCUUCACGGCAGCAAAUAUGACAAAAUGUCAGACAACUCUUGGACAAAGUAUGCCGAAUCACGCCAUAUCCCUUCCAAUGAUGUGCAGAUGAAAACGGCGGGAAAUUAUCCGACAAGCAGACGACUUUCUGGCACUCCCGUCCCCAUCACCUGUGGGCCUAAACCACAGAACGCCAGCACGAACUGUGAGCCGAUGAAGGCGCCUUGUCUGUACCACAUCCCCUCCGACCCCUGUGAGUACCACAACAUCGCCGACCAACACCAGGACAUCGUCAUCCAGCUCCUCACAAGACUCGAGCAGUAUACGUACACCAUGAUUCCCCCGGGGAACAAACCACUCGAUGAGAGGGGCAAUCCCACUCUCCAUGGCAACGCCUGGGUACCCUGGGUGGAACUGUAGACUUUGAUCAUUAUUUUUUUUAGGAUUUUGUUAGCUCUUUAUUUUAUACCCCCACCUCGAGUCUUCUACCGUCUGUAGAUUUUCUUGACCACUAGUUUUUGGGUUUAAGCUGGAUCCCCGGAGUCCUCGUCAUAUGUUGAGAUUCACUAUGUUUGCAGUCAGCCAGACAUGACAUUUGCUGUUGUUUGUCAUUUAAGUUGUGACUUUUUAAUAGAGCACAUAUUGGUGUAAAUUGCUGUACUUACUGAAAGUGUUUGUGUGUGUGUGCGUGCAUGCGUGCGUGCGUGCGUGCGUGCGUGCGUGUGUGUUCUUUGACCCGGCACCCUGCAAUAUUCAAGCUUAUGUCGGUGGUCUGUGAAUAAUCGCGCCUGGACCAGCCAGACUACGCUCUUUACAUAUUGUGCAAUAUAUGAAAUAUACCUCAUCUGUGGUAUAUGUAGAUAAUGUAUAAUAACAUUACGGCUAGUAUUAGUGAAAUAACCGUACCAUGGAUGUUUGUUAUUAUGUAGUGCCAAAUUGUAAAUAAAAUGCUGUUAUUUCCGGUUGGUACUGAGACUUACGCUGCUGUGAAACUACGUUUAUGUCAUAUGUAAGCGUCGCUCUACUCUGGUCACAGCCCAAACGUUUGGAACAUGGGCGGGUAUUAUUCUCUCUCCUGGCAGUUUGCCACAAAAGACGAAGGUGGAUCUACAGGCUGAUUCUGUGAUGACAUGAGGCUAUGACAAUCAAGGCUGGACAUGUCGUUCAGUAAUCGGUCAACAUGUUAUUUCACAAGGAACCACGAGGUUUUUCAUAGAUAUAGUUUAUUAUUUUCUUAAUAAUUUUGUACUUGUGCCAUUUGUACUGCGGGAUAAAUAAAGUUAUUUUUCUUGGUA